AUGUAUCAGGCCCCAAUGCAGAUAGUUGACAACUUACCCGGCCAAAGCGGUAUUGAGCCUGUGCCCCUCGAAUGGGGUGCACCCGACGCAAAAUCACGCGGCCCGAUCGUGGUAUCCCGUAGCGGGAACCUUUUGAAGCGCCGCAAUGCGAUCGGUGCCCACGGAGGUUCCUAUAGCGUCUAUAAUGCGCUUGCUAUCGCGGCGGGGGAGCUUGAUGCGGACUUUCGCCCAGACCUACGCAAUAGCCAGCCGACUUUUGAUUUUGCGCAGCAGCCAGCCUGGGGCGACAAGACAAAGAUUGUGUCGAUGGAUCCGUAUGGCCAUGAUAUCGUCAAUCAGUACAAGGAAGAAUUGACAGCCGGCUGGGAUAUUCGGCCCACUAUGGCCAUCACUCGGGCCAAUAUGAAGCUAGCCGAGAUUGGAGAGGCUGUCAAGGAAGGAAAGAUCCAUGUGGAUGGCUCUAUCGUUGUUGAGUCUUCCGGCGAGGUGCGCGUCACGAAAGUCGCCGUGGAACCCGUGUGGUAUUUGCCCGGAGUUGCUGCGCGAUUUGGCGUGGACGAGGGCACUCUGCGUCGGACUUUGUUCGAGCACACCGGUGGCAGCUACCCAGAGCUGAUUACUCGACCAGACUUGAAGGUCUUUCUUCCUCCGAUCGGAGGACUCACCGUAUACAUCUUCGGUCCGCCUGAGCGGGUAUCUGAUGAGAACGUCAAGAUGGCAUUGCGCAUCCAUGAUGAGUGCAAUGGGAGUGAUGUAUUCCAGUCGGACAUCUGCACAUGCCGCCCGUAUCUGGCUUUCGGUGUCCAAGAAGCGAUUCGGGAGGCACAGAAUGGAGGAAGUGGAGUGGUCAUCUAUUUCCGCAAGGAAGGCCGCGCCCUAGGCGAGGUGAUCAAGUAUUUAGUAUACAAUGCUCGCAAGCGCGGAGGAGAUACCGCCGACAAGUACUUCACGAGAACGGAGAACAUUGCAGGUGUGCGAGAUGUACGAAAUUUCUCAAGCUUCUCCCUUUUCCACGUUGUCUGCAGUACGCUAACACUUGAAUUUCGAAGAUGCGAUUCCAAGCCCUAA